AUGAUCAUAUUGGCAUUUUACUAUACCUUGGCGGACAUUGUCCUUCUAGGCCAAUGUUUCUAUUAUAGAGGUUUCACACUCAAGGAUGAGCUUUCUCCAUCGCCAACGCCAACGCCAUCUCCCGAGUCAGAACCAGUCGCCACUGGCGCAUUGGACGACCAAGAAAAUGGAAAUCGCGCCGCUCCAGCACCAACCGAGCAGACAUCCCUUCUACCAAAGUCCAACGGCCAUGUGCAAAUCCAAGAUCCCGCUCAAAAUCAGCAACGACGUAACUCGUCAACCUCUGCACAAGGAAGACGCCAUUCCGCAACUUCGUUCCGUGAUAUCUUGCAUACUCACGUAGACGGCACACACCUCUCGCCUGCAACUCCGUUCAUCGAUUCGAAUGAUUCGAGCGCUGCGAGGAAAAGACGCCGUCGCCGUCAAAUCUCCUCCCUCAAAUCGUUCCUUUUUAACGUCACGGCCAUCGUCAUGGUCUGUGUGGCUGGAACUGUGGGAUGGUAUGUAAGCCCCGGCUCGAAAUCCUCGAGCUCCGAGCCCGAACCCCUCACCAUGGACCCGCUCGGCCAGUUCUUCGGAUACCUGUGUGCCGUCUUCUAUUUGGGGUCACGCCUGCCUCAGCUCUUGCUGAAUUUUCGUCGGAAGUCUACGGACGGCGUGUCGCUUCUCUUCUUUUUGUUCGCUUGUAUCGGAAACUUGACAUAUGUACUUUCCAUCCUGGCAUACUCGCCUGUUUGUCGGGGUGCGUCAUCUCUUUCCGAUGGGCUGGAUGUCUCUGCUCAUCGUCACCGGGCGCACUGUCGUCCCGGCGAGACUGCUGCGCUUUAUGGACGCUAUGUGUUGGUCAAUCUAUCCUGGCUCGUUGGAAGUGCGGGCACACUUUUGCUAGACAUGGCGAUCUUCACACAGUUUUUCUUGUAUCGAAACGGGAAAACCCCUGACGAGGAUGAUGUGGAAAAUGAGUAA